AUGGCGUUGCUGCACAUCCCCGCACCGAUACUUCCCAUCGCGCCCUCAUGGUUUCCCGGACACAUGAUGAAGUUCACGCGGAUGCUGCCAGCAUUACUUACACGAACAGACGUCGUUCUUGAAAUAAGAGACUCGCGUCUGCCCUUGACAAGUAUAAACAGGUCCCUGGAAGGCGCACUUCGGAAGUGGAGAUUAGAGCGUGGAUGGGACCCAAACAAUCCAACACGCCGCAUAAUAGCUGCUGAAGCCUCGUUUACUCUUCGCGUCGUGGCAACGACCGCGGGAUAUCAGAAAUUUGAGCGAGAUCCUAACAUCGCGAAGCAACAUCCACAUGCUAUGGAGCUAAACGUACUCGUAAUUGGAAUGCCGAAUGUCGGUAAAUCAACUCUAUUGAAUGCCCUUCGCCACAUGGGGAUCAAAGGCCGAACACCAAAAGCAUUCAAGACCUCUGUAAAUCCGGGAAUGACACAAGCUCUCUCGACACGGCUGAAGCUAUCCUUGGAUCCCCUCGUUUAUGCCUACGAUACCCCAGGGGUUAUGUUACCCUUCCUGGGACGCGGGGCAGAAGGUGCAGAGAGAGGUGUUAAACUUGCUUUGAUAGCGGGGAUUAAAGAAGGCAUGUAUGACAUGCAAACACUGGCAGCAUAUCUGUUGUACAGACUAAACGUUCUAAAUCCCAUUGCACCAGCUUAUCUACAUCUUCUACCGCCUGGUUCUCAACCUACCUUUGACUUGGAAGAUUUCUUGACUAACCUUGCUCAGAGGAUGGGUAUGAUUACGAGAGGAGCUGAGGUAGAUCUAGCGCGAGCUGCUGUUUACUUUGUACGCUGGUGGCGUGAGGAGGGCGGGCUCUUGUCUGCUUCUUCGGCAUUCAACAUUGGUGUCAACACCAACACCAACUCAUCGGCAACAUCUCCCCAGAUUACCACGGCUCCAGGACAGUUUUUCUCUACGCAAGGCUGGGGAUUUGAUUUCCAGUGGGAUCUACAGCCCCAAGAGGUGACUUCUCUGCAGGGAGGUAUGGACCCGAGUACACUGGUGCAGGACAAGAUGGAAAGAUGCAUUCAAGAUUACGUGGAGAUGACGGACAGGCAAGAGUCAGAGGAGAAUAACCUCAGUCAGACGCAGGUGAAGAAGAGACAGGUGUUUGAGGAGAAGUUGAAAAGGCGCAUGAAGCGCGAGAGGCGGUGA